AUGGGUCUUUACGAGUCUUACGGAUCUAAUUUGUUAUCCUAUACAACAUUACGUGUAAAUACGAAAACGCUCAGGAACGAUCAUAUAUUCGGUAUUCCGAUAUUAUUCAUCCCUGGCAACGCUGGUAGUUACAAACAAGUUCGAUCUCUUGCCUCAAUUUCGUAUCAAAAGUCAAUGAAUAGAAAGGAGCAUUUUAAUUAUUACACCAUUGAUUUAAAUGAGGAAAUUUCUGGACUUUACGGUGGUACAUUACGUGAUCAAGCAGUCUUCUAUGCGGAUAAAUACGUUGCUGACUUUUAUGAUACGGUUAACACGUUCUGGCAAGAGCAGUCAUCUUCUGGCCAAAUACUCGACCAAGUAAUUAUUGCUUCUGUGGGUGGUGGCCUUCGUGACGUGAUUGUGAGAUCAGAUCUUACGUCCUUAGCCAGUGUUGCGAAUUAUAAUCGAAGUAUUAAUGCUAUAACGACUGCUGUACCACGCACAUGGCUGACGAUAGAUCACCGUUGUAUCGUAUGGUGCAAGGAAUUAGUCUUAGCGAUUGUUCGCGCAUUGUACGAUAUGAUUGAAGCACAUGGGCAGAUAUCAUCAUCAACGUCUAAAAGAAGGAAUGUAUUAGCGCAUCAUUUAAUUAAGCAUAAUGGGAUGCGAAAUUAUCCUUAUAAAUUAGGAAAAAAAUUCUUAAAAAUAGAUCAAGAGCGCCCAGUAAAUAUUUGUAUUUCGAGAAUUUGGAGUAACGGUUUACACAGGAAGUUACUGGACGUAAAUAUUAACUCCGAAUUAUCUCAAGCUACUCAUGUCAUGGUGUCUACAGCAACUCAUGAUUCUGUAUUCGCUGAGUUUUAUCGCGAUGCCGUAAAAACUAAACAUAUUCGGCUGCCUUCCAUAGUGGGUUUUACGGCGGUUGAUUCUGAUGAUAAUGAUCAGUAUAUUCUGAAUUACAAUUUACCGGACAUGCGGCAGAUAUGGGAAGCAUACUACGUUCAAAUUAAUAGUAGUGAUCGCUGUUUACGUCAUACAACUAUUCAAUUUCAUGUUCCGUGGUUUCAUGAAGAUGUCUUUCGAUACGUUAGGUUGAGAAUUAACUUCAUUCUAGAUUAUUGUUACUACCGAUUAUACACGACUGCUUGGACAGAAACUUAUCAAUCAAAAUCUACUGAUAGCCAAGAUGGUAACGAAAGGCUAAAUACUAGCCCAGGUGUUGCUUUAGCGUUAAAACAACAAACUUCAGAUCAUUUCUCGAUAAAAACAUUACUGAAUCAAGAACUAGAUCGAAGAUGGAAAUUUGCUGCAUCUUUAGUUUCUUUUAGUUAUUUAUUCAGUUCGACGUUUUCUAAAUUUGCAUGGCCUUUCCCAAUUUUCCCACAACCCGACAUUUUUAACGUAAUGAAAUCUGGUGAAUGGUCGACCUAUUUACUAUCGGUGAUCCAUAUGUUUAGCAUUUCUGGGUUACAUUUUCAGUUCUGUAUCAUGGAUUGGCUGGUUUAUGGUGUUGCUUCUGUAUUAAGAUUUACAUCUAGGUGGUUAUCCAUGGCUCGUCUAACUGGAAACAUUUUUACUGCCAUAUGCUUUAAUUUAUACUUUAAUAUCAUAUUCGGGUUGCUAGUUAUAACUAUCUGCCUAACAAUGUGUGGGGCACUGGGUUUAUAUUGUACCAUUUUGUACUGUUAUGUUAAGCUUGUGGCAAUUAUCAAUUCUAGACAGAAUAAAGAAAGAGAAUAUUGUGGCAGUUCCGAUUUAUGCUUUUUAUUACUAAAUUCCAGUCUUCUUAGUUCCUUUCUUACCAUUCCUUCAGCAAUCAUGUGGUUCAAAAAUUUGAGAUACGGAUUUAAUGUGAUGCCUGACCCUUUUAUGCACGAAUCGUUAUUAGCCAGUUGUGGUUUACUAGUUUUAUUUCAGAAAUCGAGUUUUUACGAGGAUAUAUUUUACUUUUCGAGAUAA